UCUGUUUGCUUCUAUGAGUAAAAUCCACGGGACUUUCGUGACUCGCCAAAUCGUUAGUUUUAAUUGAAGAACUAAUUGGAAUCCCGAAGACAUAAAUAGCGAACAGGAAAACUUAGGUUUAGAACGGAUUUUAGCGAGAAAUCGACACUUUCCCGAGGAAAUUUAUGGGAAAUUGAGCGCAAACGUUGCUGAAAUAGAACGGCUGAAUAAAUAUUACUUCAUGGAAAGAAAGCUCUGUAAUUGAGACAUCACACCCUAAGAUGAUGGCAACCGCGAUUCCUAUGGCAUUUACAGUCAAAACAGAACCUAAUUGCGUGAUUUCAAAAGGAGGAAUACAAUGGGGAGACUGUACUAACAAAGGCCAAAAGUUAGUCCAAGGAUCUGCGCAAACCUAUGUAUUUAGCGAACAAUUUCAGGAUUUAACGGACCACAAUCAGAAUAAAUCAGCGUUCACGCCAACAGGUUCCCAAUACGUUAUUAAAGAGACUAUUCAAACAGACGCAGCUGAUUGUCGGACGCAAAAGAUUUGCGCAUAUUCGGGUCUCGAUUCACCAAUGCUUUAUCCCAAAGGACAAGAGGUUGCUUCUAGUCGUCUUGGAAAGGGAGUUAAAACAUGUUUUGACCUUGCUGGCACUUCAAAUAGAAGGAUUCAUAUGACUACGGAUCCUGUAAUGUGGAGUGUGGAACAAGUUAGGAACUGGCUGUUGUGGUGCACCCAGGAAUACAACCUCCACGACCUAGAUAUCAACAAAUUUGAGAAUAUCGACGGAAGUGUAAUCUGUAAAUACAGCACGUCUGAGCUCUGUAGGUUAACGAGUCCUUACAUUGGGGAGAUACUGAUGUCUCAUCUCACCUUCCUCCGCACAGAAGCUGAUCGCCGAUCAUUUGAUGGCGCAUGCUCAUCUCUUCCCGGCAAUGGCUUUUCAAGCAAUGAUAUCUAUGCUUCAUUUAAGAUAUCAAAAGUUAAAGUCGGCGUUAUAAAUGAACUAAUGAGUGAUAUUAAGCAUUUGGAGAUGCAGAUGCAAGCAAUCAAGCAGCAACCCAUGGACGUGUAUCACCCUUGCACAUUCCCAGCCUUCACUCCCAAUAUGCAUAUAUACCCGGGGAACUAUGAUUCCAGUUACAGUAAGUCAUCAUGGGGACAACCAAACGGCGACAAUCAAAGUUACUCCCAUACUCCACUUCCGGUUCCACCGAUGUCAAAACCAGCAAUGGAGACUACUCAAUGGCGCCCCCCUCAGAAUUCUAUAG